AAGGAACGCAAUUAGGGUUUUCAUAUCCUUUAAGCCAGACGCCUCAUCGUUACGCAGCUCACAGCCGGACUAAACCAUCUUCAUCGUAGUUGUCAUAAGAACUUGCAAAGAUGCAGAACGAAGAGGGUCAGAACAUGGAUCUUUAUAUCCCAAGGAAAUGCUCUGCUACAAACAGGCUAAUUACCUCAAAAGAUCAUGCUUCAGUCCAAAUCAACGUAGGGCAUUUGGAUGAAAGUGGCCGAUAUACUGGUCAGUUUUCCACAUUUGCCCUCUGUGGUUUUGUCCGUGCCCAGGGAGAUGCUGAUAGUGCACUUGAUAGGCUGUGGCAGAAGAAGAAAGUUGAAACCCAGCAAUAGAUAUUUUAUGACGAUUGUGCCCCUCCUUAAAUUUGCUUUAACCCCAUGGGAAUGUUGAGUUUUUCUUGGUGGAAUUUUGUUGGACUUUUAUUUAGAUUCUGUUUCACUUCUAUCCGGGAAUGAAAGAUUGCAUUUAGUUUGAAUAUCAA